CCGAAAUGCAGCGUCAAUGACACUGGAACAGUAAACGUCGAAUGGUUCGAUUUGGAAUCAGAAACCAUGACUUCUGAAAGAUUCCGAUUGGUUGCAUUGGUGGUGAUUGCAAUGUUGUCGUCACAGUGCUGUCAUGUUUCCGGCGGCGCCUGGCGCCAUGAUCAGCCUGAGUGUCCUCUAGGGUGUUCGUGUGCUGCCGACGAGAUUACAUGCUUUGCACCUUACACGACAGAAACGGACAUUCCCGAACAAUAUUAUAAACUCGAUAUAGAAGGCGUAUCGGUUGAAGCUGCCCAAGGCAUCAUCCGACAUGCUCCCCACGUAACGGAGUUGUCACUUGAAGAUCACGGACCUGAGAAAAUAACUAUCCUUCCAGUAAAUUUCUUCCAACCACUGACUCAUCUGCGCAAAUUGCACGUGAAAGAAUUGGCAUCCCGGAGCAUGCCCGAAAAUUUUAUCCAAGCAAUUAAAAAAGUACCCACACUGGUUGAGUUGACUAUUGGUAAUAACGCCCUAGCUUGCACCUGUGACCUGUUGGAUUACGUCAGUAAAAGCAGAAUUCACAUUCUGGCAGAAGGUCGCGUUACUGGUUGUACCGGCUUUCAGCACAACAUCUACAGUUUUCGAGUUUUUUCACACCUGUGUAGACGCCGCAGACUUGAAUUGGACAACACCGUUACUCAGGCUGUUACCAACGCCCCAGAUGUAAUUAUAGCUGAUGACCAGCCUGUGGCUGUGUACGACUUGCAACAGUCAGGUAAUAGAACAGUCGACCUGGCAGAGAAUAUACGAGCUAAUAUUGACGGAAAGGAAGUAGAUGAAGCUCAGCUAAAAGGCGACACAGAAGCUCCAGCAGAGUUCGAUAUCCAGGCCGAUAUCCCACAGAUAGUUGAUGUCCAUCUUAAUGUCAAUGACCCAUAUGAACUGGGUCUAUUGGUACGCUUUCUUCGGAGACGAUCCGAUCUCCUUCACAGCAUUGAAAACCAGCAUAUCAAACUAAAGGUGAUGAACGCUAUGAGUGGAAAACACGAAUAGGACAUUUACAAAAAUACCAAAAAAAAGAUAAUAAUGUUAAUAAACACAUUUAGAAAAACGUGCCGUAGAUAUGCUAUGUUCGAUCAUUUAAUAUAUAUUUAAUAAUAUAUAAUAAUAUAUUUAAUUGGUUUCUGGUAUACACUUGAACUGCGCAAUUGUGAUUAGAAGACUCACAACGUACAGUUAAUCGUCAAAAUGCUCUGAUAAUGAUCAAAGGAUGUAAUAGCUGUAUAUAAAACAAAUUGAUAAAAUA